CCAAACCAUUCCAUGAUUCUAUAAUUACUAAUAAUGUCCCAGAAAGCCUGAGGCUGGGCUCACAGAAAGCCUUAUCUGGGCUGCUGUGUGUGCCUGUGUUUAUUUAUGUUCAAGGGCAGAUUGCUGCAAAACCGUUUUCUUGUUAGGCAUGUCCUUUGAGCUCAUGGUGUCCAUCUGGUGUUUGAGUUAAUUUUGCUGAUUCUAAGACAUAUCAAACAUUUCUUUCAAAAUGUUUUAGAAACAAAAUAAAUAUUUUACUCUUGAGUGAUUACUAGCCUGAACUUCUUUUCACUGUUAAAAUCCAAGGCUUCCCCAAAUAGUUCGCAUGUUUCAUAUACAGGUAGUAGUCAGUUAAACUAAAAAUGGAAGAAAAUGUGACUGCCAAGCAUAUUGCAAGAAACAUGAGCAUUGUCAGCUCAGACUUAAGAAAAAAAAAAGGGGAAGAAAGCAGUCUCUAAGCUCUAAAGAGUGAUGUGGGGAACUUAUGGUCUUACGAGAUUUAUCUUUUCGUAGGACCUCUGUUUAAAAUAACCAAAAGGCCAUUUCAGGAAGAGCCUUUUCAGCAGAAUUAGGCUGAAUUACUUUCCUGUGUGCUCAGGUUUUUAUGUUUCGUUUUCAUUCAGUGCAAUUUGUGACUGACUGAUAUUGAACACAGUAGUUUUGUGUCCCUUGCCAGUUUUUUAAAUCUCAGAUGGCAGAAUACAGGAAUGCUUGAAGUGAUGCCUUAUGUUUUCUAUGAAAGUCAGUUCUCAUCAUUUGGAAUUCUUAUAAAUGGUUGUCAGGUAGCAGCAACUUAAAAAGAGGCUUUAAUAAGAAGCACAUUUGGGUAUCCUUUAUUUUAAUCUCUUAAAACUCUUUGUGCUAACUGAAAGGAGGUUAGAGUAGACUCAGUUACACCUUUGAUGUAUUUUAAAUAGGCAACCUAAGCUGAUGAGAGUCUGUAUACACUCGUGUUGCUCCAUUUUAAAGUAAAAAGUGUGCAGGAGAUCAUUUAUCACCUGGUUAUUCUGUGCUUAUGGAAUUAGAGGUCGGUGACGUAUUUAAUACAACACAUUAGGGCAUUUGAAAAAAGACCUUUAAAAGCCCUGUAGAGUAGCUUUUCACAUAGCAUAGUUUCCUAAAUUUUGUACUACAGAGUUGCAAGUAUUUACAGUGUAUUGGAGAUCCUGUAUCUGUAUGAAGAUGCAUGAGAAUCCCAAUCUUUUUUGGAUUUAAAAGAGGGAUGUAAGGAGAGAAGUAGCAGCAGAACGGAGCAAUUAAAGACCUGAUACACAGCCCGUUGAUAUAAGGGGGGUAGGGGAGUAGUCUUUCCACACAGUUUUAUAGCUACUGUUUUAUGCUAAGUAACUCCAAAGUGCGGCACUGUACAUGUGAAAAUCAUCAUGGGUAGCUAUAAAUGCUGAUCUACUGAGUUACAUAAGACAAUACUUGGAAGUCAUUGCCUGAAAAAAGGCCCCUCUGCAUAAGCAGUGGCAGGAUUAGAGGCUGCAGGUGUGGAGGAGGGGAAGAACAGCACUGCUGCCUUUGCAGGAGUGAGCAUUUUCAGUGGUGAAACCAUCCUCACCUAAAAUUUCUCUCUCAAUUCAAUUUUUCUUGUAGGCCUUGUCUGGAUAGAAAGAACACAGGGUUGUGUCGAGUUAACUUAAAAUGUGGAUUUGGAGUGCAAAAACAAAGCCCCUGUACUGACUUGCAAACUGAGUGAAACUAAAAAGCUAAGACCCCUCACUUCUGAGAAUCAUGACGACCUCAGGAAAAGAGAAUUUCCGACUGAAGAGCUACAAGAACAAAUCUCUAAACCCUGAUGAGAUGCGUCGCAGGCGGGAGGAAGAAGGUCUUCAGCUACGGAAGCAAAAGAGAGAGGAACAGUUGUUUAAACGCCGAAAUGUUGCAACAGCUGAGGAAGAGGCGGAGGAGGAAGUGAUGUCGGAUGGUGGCUUCCAUGAGGCUCAGAUGAACAACAUGGAGAUGACUUCUAGUGCAGUCAUCACCUCUGAUAUGAUUGAGAUGAUUUUCUCCAAUAGUCCAGAACAACAGCUUUCAGCCACCCAGAAAUUCCGAAAGCUUCUUUCUAAAGAACCAAAUCCCCCAAUAGAUGAAGUCAUAAGCACACCAGGAGUGGUGGCCAGGUUUGUGGAGUUCCUCAAGCGAAAAGAAAACUGUACAUUACAGUUUGAAGCUGCGUGGGUGCUGACAAAUAUUGCCUCUGGAAAUUCCCUUCAGACUCGAAUAGUGAUCCAAGCAGGAGCUGUCCCCAUCUUCAUAGAGCUGCUUAGUUCAGAGUUUGAAGAUGUACAGGAACAGGCAGUAUGGGCUCUUGGCAACAUUGCUGGAGACAGCACUAUGUGCAGAGACUACGUAUUGGAUUGUAAUAUCUUGCCCCCUUUAUUGCAAUUGCUUUCAAAACAGAACCGUCUCACUAUGACCCGAAAUGCUGUAUGGGCGCUCUCCAACCUCUGCAGAGGGAAAAACCCUCCUCCAGAUUUUGCCAAGGUUUCACCUUGUCUUAGUGUGCUUUCCUGGCUGCUCUUCGUCAACGAUACAGAUGUAUUAGCUGAUGCCUGCUGGGCUUUGUCUUACUUGUCUGAUGGCCCCAAUGAUAAAAUCCAGGCUGUGAUUGAUGCAGGAGUCUGCAGAAGACUUGUCGAGUUGCUGAUGCACAAUGACUACAAAGUUGUAUCUCCUGCCUUACGAGCUGUUGGGAACAUUGUCACAGGAGAUGAUAUCCAGACCCAGGUAAUCCUGAAUUGUUCAGCCCUGCAGAGUUUACUGCACUUGCUAAGCAGCCCAAAAGAAUCUAUCAAAAAAGAAGCAUGCUGGACAAUAUCUAAUAUAACAGCUGGAAACAGAGCCCAGAUCCAGACAGUCAUAGAUGCCCAUAUCUUUCCAGCUCUUAUAAAUAUUUUGCAAACAGCUGAGUUUCGGACAAGGAAGGAAGCUGCUUGGGCAAUUACAAAUGCAACAUCUGGAGGCUCUGCUGAACAGAUCAAGUAUUUAGUAGAACUGGGAUGCAUCAAACCACUCUGCGACCUCCUUACAGUAAUGGACUCAAAGAUUGUGCAAGUAGCGCUGAAUGGGCUGGAGAACAUCCUGAGGCUUGGAGAACAGGAAUCCAAACGCAGUGGCACUGGCAUUAAUCCUUACUGCGCUCUUAUUGAAGAAGCAUAUGGCCUGGACAAGAUUGAAUUCCUGCAGAGCCAUGAGAAUCAAGAGAUUUAUCAGAAGGCCUUUGAUCUGAUUGAGCACUACUUUGGAACAGAGGAUGAAGACAGCAGCAUUGCCCCACAGGUGGAUCUCAGCCAGCAACAGUACAUUUUCCAGCAGUGUGAGGCUCCCAUGGAAGGCUUCCAGCUCUGAGGUGCCCCUGUGCUGUGUGCUCCUCUACCUAACCAAUCCUGUUGUCGAGCCACAAGCCACCCGUGGAGUGAUUCUCUCAAUGUUUUCCAUAAUCCUGUUUGCGCUCAUUCGCUUGCCUUGUGCACAUGCUCUUACAUACGUCUGGAAAACUUUUGGCUCUCCGUGGCAGGAUGCCCCCUCCUUGGCAAGGGGUCACCAGAAUCACCCUUCUCCUCUAGAUUCUGAACCUCUCCACUGUCAUCUUCGUGGAGUUGAGGCACCUUUCUAUACUUUGAGAUAUUCCCUGCUCCUAUUACAGGAAAAUAAUCCCUCCUCCACUAGCCCCCACUCUCCUGGCAUCCAAGAUAAGGCUGCCUUUCUCUUCUAUUUGCUGCAGUGUGUGCCUGCAGUCCAGGGAGACAUUCAGACUUUCUGAGAACGUAGCUGAAUUAAUUCCCCAUAUUCUUCCCUGGAUGCCUCUUUGGAUGGCUGAGAGAGAUGCGUUAUAUCUUCACACGCAAUGUAUCUCCUUUGCUGUAUGUGCCAGCUGGGGUUAUUGGCAUAUAGAACAUGUUACAAAUAAUGGAAUAAGUUCUCUACCCCCUGCAACAACAAGCUGCAAUGGACAUGUUUUCUGGUUCUUAAAGAAUACUGAACACAUCUGGGCCCAUCCCUUCUCAACACUUAGCUCCCAAGCUGGAUUGCAGACCACUGUGGAGACUUCCCAGUUUUUUUCUCCAUCCACAAAAAAAGAGCCUGCGAAUAGGUCACUCUUACCACCUCCCCAGAAAUGACUUUCCAAACCAGCUUCUAGAAUGGAGAAACUACCCCCACUUUUGCUUGCCAGCACAGUAUGAUCCAGCUGGGCCUUCCUUAAAAAUCAAGCCCUUUCUGACUUCAUGCUCCAGAGUCUGGUCGUUGGUAUUAUAGUUACGGCUGAAAAAUUCUUGUCUGCCUCUUUACAUUUUUACACAGUGUGACUUGAACAGAUUUAUCUUCUGAAAAAUUACCUUCUGAACACAGGAAUUUGAAUUUGUAAAACUUAGCACAAGGAGCGUUAGAGUUUCACGAGACAAAGAGCUUCUUCUCCAGCUCACCUGAUAAAACCAGAGUCCUCCUGGUCAAGGCCCUUAUUUAACAACUGAAAUGACACUACGCUCAAAGGAUAGUAAUCUUACAGCCGGAUCCACCUGGCCCUUUCAGUUUUCCCUCUUGCUGUUUACUGGACUUGAGAUGAAUUAGCAUGGAACGCAUGGUUCCUACAGGUGACAUCUAUAAGGCAUCGCCGACUGCAUGACAGCUGUCAUCUGCAGCUGUAGACUGCCCUUCUGCUAGCAGCAUGUACUUGGCUCUGCGACCUGCUUGGAUCACAGACAUCUGAUGCAAAGGCCAGCCACUUCUCACUGACUUCAGCUGACAUUGGCACCACGCUCUGCGUGCAACUGAAGAGAUGCCACGCGAUUGAAAGUGGCGGUUCCGUUUCCGUAAAUGCAAUGGAUUGUCCAGGCCGUCCGCUCCCCCUUGCAUCGGGCUGUGUACUUUCAAGCCAUUUCAGAUGCUUGGAACCACAUUUGUCCAGUGUAAACAUUUCAAAAUCACCACUGACAACUGCAGUGUCGUGUACCUGUGGUAAACGUUAGUGGCAGAACUGUCUGCAAGAUCCUCCUUAUGACUCCUCUCAGUGACAAGCCACUGCAAAAGCAAAACCAGCCCAUUGGAUACAGAAUGAUAAAAACCUGUUAAUCACUUGUCAAACUGCUGAAAGAAGAUAGGCAAAGGCCUGAACAUCAGCUCUGCGUGACCAUUAUUUAAGUACAGUCUUCAGUUCUGUCUGUGCUUCAGGAUGGAGACUCUGACCUGUGUGGCUACUGCAGCAGCCACCUGCUGCUUCCCUAGCUAAGCCAGUUGGCCUCCACCUUCCCUCUCCCACUUACUUUCUCUAGUGCUGCUUUGUGCUGAAGGAACAUUUAGUUUACUGCACUUGAUCUGUAAAUGGACUUUGAUUCUUUGUAAUUUUAGGGGGUUAAAUUUGGUGGUUAAUUUAAAAAAAAAAAAAAAAAAAAAGAGCAAAAAAACCCCUCAAUGUUGCCUUUACAUCACAUACAAAUAACUGUGUUUCUCUUUUCUUGAAGGGUGAUAGAAGCACUGAUUAGUAGCAAAACCUUGUUUUAGCUUUUGGAUUUUUUUGUGCUGGAUUUUUUUACGUGUAAAUUUCCAAUAACAUGUCAUUUCUAUAAGAUUUGUUUAAAAUCAUGUACCUCUUAUUGGAUGGUAUAAAAAUGCUACAUAUUUUGUAAACAAAUCUGAGCAAAGUGUGUGUGCAUAUAUUCUGUAUAUUCAUAUAUGUAUAUUCUGUGUAUAUAUACACUAGUGUGUAUAUAUACAUAUAUACACACACACGUAUAUAUGUACACACAUGCAUAUGUGUGUAUAUAUAUACACAUAUCUAUAUAUCUAUAUAUAUAUAAGUGUUUUCCAGGCUAGUGAAAACGAUGUGGUGCAUUGGCGUUUUCCUCCCCUGCCCCCCAAGAAAAUAAUGACAAUUGCCUCUAAAUGAGUGAAUUAAAAGAGAGUCCAUUGAAGCUGAAUGGUGUGCCUUCCUGUGUAAGGAGCCUGGCCAGUGUUUGUUACUUUUGCUGUGGAUAUGUGAAUUCAGAGCAGAUAAGUAUAAAUCUUUAAACUUGGUAUGUUUGUUUGAAGUGACAGGCCUGGUUGACACAGGUAAUCUUGUUGUCAUAUAUACCUAGACUGUGUAAGGCAUUUGACUGGUAAUGCAUAAUAUUUUGACUGAAAACUAAAACAAUACAAAAAUCAACAUGGCACACAUUAAAUGGAUUAAAAUGUGGCUAAUUCA